AAAAUUUUAGUCAUAAUCAUAAUACAGUAAGAAAAUUGACUAAUCACAAUCAAACAUUCUAAACAUAGGUUGCGUUCCGUUUCAUGCAUAGAGCGCAUAGAUCGUUUGGAAAUCUAUAAUAUAAGUAACGUGAUAUAUUAUGUGAUAUAUAACUAUAAUAUAAGUAACGCAUCCAUAAUAAGAAUGUUUGAACUGUGAUUGGUUGAUUUACUUACGACUUUACGAUUAUGACUAAAAUUUUUUAACGUGCAAUGGCCUUAAUACUAUUAUAGACCAAUUUUACCACCUUCGGUUAAGUUAACCGACGAUUAAAAUCAGCAGGGUGGCAAGAGAAAAUAGAUGUGAAUGAAAACCAAGCAUUCUUAUAAUUUCAGUUGCCACCCUGCCGUCGAUUAAUCUUGGAUGCGUUCCGUUUCAGCGCAUAGAUCGCCUGAAAAUCUAUAGUUCACGUUACUUAUAGAUUUCCAAACGAUCUAUGCGCUCUAUGCAUGAAACGGAACGCAACCCAAACCGAAGGUGGUGAAAUUGGCCCUUUGUAUAUAUGUAAACGUAUAUGUUAUUUGCGUGAGCGUGAGCGGGUAUUCCCGUGUAAAUCUGAGUAGAAAAUUUAAUCUUUUUUAAUUCGUGAGAGGUUUUCGUGUCGGAGGACACGAUGAUUGAAAAGUAUAGUGCACUUCGUCAAGAGUUUCUCAGCCAAGCUGAGCCGUUUAUUGACAGCAAAGCUUUGGAUGAACUGAAAUUGAAUUAUAUGCACAAUAUCGAUUCUAAACGUAAAUUAAGCAAGGUAACGGAUCUACAAACGUUAAUAAGACUGCUAGAAAAACGAGAUAUUGUCAGUUGUGAUAAAAUAGAGCCAUUGCGAUACAUAACAAAGACAUUUGUUGGUGAUUUAAACUUGGAAAACAAGUUGCAUGAUUAUGAAAAUUGGUUGAAGACUAUGCCGACAUUACAUUUAUGUAAUAUGUAUCAAAGUGAUGAAGUUUUUCAUUCAAUUUCAUCAAUCUCAGAAUCUCCAUCUAGUUCUAAUUUAUCUCAGUCGACAAUAGGAAGAUCAACUGAAUCAUUUAGUCAAACACAAACACAUUGUUGUCUGGAGCAGGAAGAAAGAAACAGUCUCAAUGAAAGAAGAAAAUUGCUGCAACAAACAGUGUUAUUGCAACUCAAGGACAGAUUAGGUCGAUCCUGGAGAGAUGUAGCUAGACAUUUAGAUAUUAGAGAAUGUGAAAUUGAUGCUGUACAAAGUAAAUAUCCUUUUGAUUUAAAGGAGCAAAGUCAUGAGAUUUUGCGAAUUUAUAUAUCGCAAUCCGAUACCGAGCGAUGGGCGAUAAAUUUAAUACGCGCUUUGGAAAAAGGAAGACGCAAAGAUCUCAAGGAACUUGUAGAAGAAUUAGUAUUGAAAAACAAAAAUUUAUAAUAUGAUUUAUAUGAAUUCGCACAAUUGUCCAUAAAGUUUUUUUUUUAUAUUGUACGAAAAGAGGAUAGGUAUCUGAUAUUUAAACUACUCAUUAUUAAGAAGUUAGUUAUUAAAUAUUUAUACAUAUUUGCAUAGUUUAUGUGCUGAUGUAUAUAGUCAGUACUUAACUCUUAUUAAUGUUGAAGUCGUUUUGGACAGUUAAGAAAGAGAGAAAAAUAAAUUGAUACUUCAGCAAAGAUGGAUUUGAAUAAAUUAGAUAUCCAUUAGGCGAGAGUUAAUAAAAGCAAAACAUUACACAAAUUAUAAGAAUUUAUUUGCUGAAAGAUAAUAGAUUGUAUAAGUUACAUUUAAGCAUAUAAUUUUAUCAUAAUCAAAUAUAUGUUAUCAGCUACAGAAAUGCAGCAAUCUGCGUAUAUCUUCCUAAAUUAAAUAUAAAUUACACAUACUAUAUCUCUUUAUAAACUAAAUGUUUAUAUUAGUAUCUUUCUCUUUCUUUCCAGCUACUUCAAUUUACUUCGGUUUUAUUUGUAUUCAACGUAUAUUUAUUAAUUUUCACUUAAUUUUUGUCGUUAGAUGGAAACAUGGCUACAACAAUGAUAUAACAUGCUAUCCAAAACAAAGUUUAAUUUUUUGCAAUAUAAUGCAGACACUUUCACUUAUAAUUAUAUUGUUAUUUUAUCCAGCAAUUUUUUAAACAAUCAUUGAUAAUUUAUCUAGCAAUUUUGAAAAUUAAUAUUUUAACGAACAAUUUAAGGGUGAUAUAAUAAAUGUAACAAUAUUUUUAAA